AGAAUGGUAACUUCUGGCUAGCAUGGCAUAAGUCUGUAAGCAUUUGCAUCUUUAGGAGGUUAAUUUUUAUAUUAUUUCAUGUACGACAAGAAGUUCAAACAAGAAGCAACGCAAAAACUUUUAGAUGUGAGAUACUAUCAUAGUUUUUUAUGAUAAUGUUUUGCUAUGGAGCUAAACUGGCAAUAUGUUCUUGACAGGUUCAUGAUAGAUUAGCUUGUAUUGUUGAGAUGGAAAAAGAGAAUGCAAGUUUGGGAUAAGCAGUUGAAGUAUCAUCCUCCAAAGAACGUUGAAUCAGAAAUCUUGUGUGAGCAUAUCAAGAAAGAGAGGGAGGCAACAAAGGCUAGAAAACGACCAUGCUAUCUGAAGAAACCUGAACUUCACGAAAGGAAGCUGAUGAACAAGUACAACGAGCUCAAGGAGGCAGGAAAGCUUGAUGCAUUCAUGGAAAAGCGGCGGAGGAAGAAUGCCUCCAAAGAUCAUCGGUUCAUGUCGUACCAACGCAGUGGAGAUGCAUAA